GAGGAGGAAAAAUAGGAAAGGGCUGCGCAUGCGCGGUUGACGCGCCUCCGCUCCGUCGCGUUCUCCUUCAGUCUGUCCUCUCGCGCUGCACACUAGCUCCGUCGGGAACAUCGACACGGCGAACACGAUCAUGUCUGAGAAAGGACUGAAGCAGAAAGGAAGCAGUGAGAGCUGCCAUCACUGCAAGCCAAAGACAUGCGCAAACAUGGCCGUCCCUCCUGCGUACGCUGACCUCGGCAAGUCUGCCAAAGAUAUCUUCAGCAAAGGAUAUGGCUUUGGAGCUGUUAAGUUGGACCUGAAGACCAAGUCUCAGAGUGGAGUCAUGGAGUUCUCCACCGGUGGCUCCAGUAACACAGACACCGGAAAGGCGGCUGGAAACCUGGAGACUAAGUACAAGGUGAAGGAUCUGGGCUUGACUUUGAACCAGAAGUGGAACACAGAUAAUGUUCUGACUAAUGAAGUGACUCUGGAAGAUCAGCUGGCCAGUGGUCUGAAGCUGGGACUGGACACUUCAUUUGUGCCCAACACUGGGAAGAAGAGCGCUAAGCUAAAGGCGGGAUAUAAGCGUGAUUUCAUGAAUGUGGGCUGUGAUAUAGAUUUCGAUCUGGCCGGACCGACGAUUCACGCCGCAGCCGUUCUGGGUUAUGAGGGCUGGCUGGCCGGGUAUCAGAUGGCCUUCGACACGGCCAAGUCCAAGCUGGCCCAGAACAACUUCGCUUUGGGCUACAAGGCAGGAGAUUUCCAGCUACACACCAAUGUUAAUGAUGGCACAGAGUUCGGCGGCUCCAUCUAUCAGAGGGUGAACGGUCAGUUGGAGACGGCGGUGAAUCUGUCCUGGACCGCGGGCAGCAACAACACACGCUUCGGCAUCGCUGCUAAAUACCAGCUAGAUAAAGACUCCUCCGUCUCUGCCAAAGUCAACAACGCUAGUCUGGUUGGAGUAGGAUACACUCAAAGCCUUCGGCCAGGUGUGAAACUCACUCUAUCUGCUCUGAUUGAUGCUAAGAACUUCAACACCGGAGGGCAUAAGGUGGGCAUGGGCUUCGAGCUGGAGGUGUAACGACGGACGGACGGACGGAAGCAGAGAGGCAUUAAUGAAGAGUAAAGAAACGCAGGGAGCUGAUGGCACAACCUAUGAAAACACUUUUCCCCGUAAUUCCUCUUUAACUAAUCUGGCCUUAAACCCCCGUAGAACCAGUAAUAAACAGGUUCACCAGUCACUUGAUUCCCCACCAAUCCUCCAUCACCAGCUCAAUAUGUGACAUCACCACGACAACAGCUUCCUCUCAGUUACUAUGGCAACAUAUCAAAGCGCUUUUAAUGUUACACACGUGGCACCAUAUCAUUUCUCUUUUAUUGUAAACUAGAUAAAUAUUGAAGUUUGGUUUCUGAACAGUCACAUAGAAUCUGAUGUGUUAAUGUUUAAUAAGAAACGCCUCGCCGGAUGUCAAGCCCCACUCUUUCUUUAUAACGUUUGUUGCCAAAUGCAUAUUUUAUUAGAAGUUUGUUGUCUGUGUUUGUGGGCUGGAGUUAUAAGAGGACGGUCCAUGACUUGUUUUUAUCCCCGUUAAAAAAGUAAUUUAUGUUAGAAGCGGAGGGCUAGAAGAAGAAACUGAUGUUGUGGAACUCAAUAAAUAGGAAUGUUGACUGAAUAAAA